AUGGGCGCGAAGCACCAAGGUCGUCACGACUCAGCCCUUAUACAGGCUGCUCAAGACGGCGAUGCAAGAAUCACAGCUGCCUUCGGCGGUCAAGGCCCCAGCAACCUGAAUUGUUUCAACGACUUGCUUGAACUUAACAAGACGUACGGCUCAACGCUUAGACCGCUCAUCCACACUGCCGAUGCAACAUUGAGCGAAUUGGCAUCACUACCUCAUAGCAGUGGAUUUCACGAGGAUGAAGGGUUCGAGAUACUGGAAUGGCUGGAAGACCCAGCGGAAGCACCAAGUCGGGACUAUCUCGCUCUCUCGCCGAUGAGCUUCCCGAUCAACACACUGAUCAGCUUGUGCAACUACUGCAUCACACUUCGAGCUCUCAAGCUCGACCCGAGCCAGUUCCGAUCACUACUAAAGAGCGUUGUGGGACACUCGCAAGGCAUUUUUGCUGCAGCCGCUGUGGCAAAGGCCGAUAGCUGGGAGUCGUUCCUGGAAGCCGCAGAUCUUGCUCUUCAAAUCUCCUUCUGGGUCGGUCUGGAAAGCCAUACUGCUGCACCACAUGCACAAAUCUCGGCUGCUGCCGUACAAGACUGCAUCGAUCAUGGCGAGGGACAACCAUCGUCGAUGCUUGGCAUCACCGGACUCAACCGUGCUCAAGUAGAAAUGCUUGUCGAGCAUGUCAACAAGAGCCUCGUCGACGAGAACCGACACGUCUAUCUCGCAUUGGUCAACUCGAGAGACAAGUAUACAAUCGCAGGCCCACCACAGUCACUGCGGGCAGUCUGUGUUCAGCUUCGCGAGAUCCGGGCUGCCAACGGCGUUGACCAGUCACGCACCCUGUUCAACAAACGCAAGCAGGAUGUAGAUGCUCAAUUCUUGCCCAUAUCAGCUCCCUAUCACAGCCAGUACCUCAAGAGAGUCGGCAAUCACGUGCUUGAUGCGCUUGAGGUCGAUUUGCUCGGAAGCGAACUCGGCACACCUUUGCUACAUACUAAGAGUGGACGAAACUUACAGGACUGGAAGUCGGAGAGCAUUGUCAAAAUACUUGUGAGUGCUGUCACCACCGACAUGGUCGAGUGGCCCAACAUUUGCCAACAGCUUGACUCCUCGCACAUCCUCGGCUUCGGACCUGGCAACAUUGGCUACCUAAUACACGAAACGACAGAAGGCACAGGCGUGCGAGUGAUACAGAUGAACGACAGGUCCCCAGGCUCAAGAGGUAUUGGCGCCCGUGCUGAGCUCUUCUCAGACGAAAUGCCACCACAAGCUCUGGACUGGCGAGAGGCAUUUGGGCCCAAGCUUGUUCUUGAUCAUCGGGGCGAUGUUCAAAUUCAGACCAAGAUGACACAAUUGUUGAAUGCACCGCCAGUGAUGGUCGCCGGAAUGACACCUACCACUGUGCCUUGGGACUUCGUCUCUUGUGUUAUGCAGGCUGGCUACCACGUCGAGCUAGCAGGCGGAGGCUACUCAAGUGAGCCAUAUUUCGAGAGAGCACUGCGGAAGCUGGCUGCCAGCAUACCCAUCUACCGCGGCAUUACAUGCAAUCUCUUAUAUGCCAGCCCACAGACGAUCGCAUGGCAAGUCGAUGUCCUCCGUCGACUAGUCAAGGAAGGCAUAUCUGUUGAAGGUGUCGCUAUUGGCGCCGGCAUUCCAUCUCCAGAUGUCGUCAAAGGGUACAUUGAGUCGAUUGGACUAAAACACAUCUCAUUCAAGCCAGGAUCUUCAGCCGCAAUUGACGAAGUGAUCGAGACCGCUCAGGCGCAUCCUCACUUUCCCAUCGGCCUACAGUGGACUGGAGGACGAGCCGGAGGACACCACUCUUUCGAAGACUUCCACCUACCGAUAUUGAAGGCGUAUCCCCGCAUCCGUAGAUGUGCAAACAUUGUGCUCAUCGCUGGCAGUGGCUUUGGAGGAGGUUCUGACACUUGGCCAUACAUUUCUGGUGACUGGUCCAAGUCUUUCGGCUAUGCACCAAUGCCGUUUGAUGGAGUCCUACUAGGCAGCCGAAUGAUGGUCGCCAAAGAGGCCCACACGUCACCACAAGCGAAGCAGCUCAUUAUCCAGACUGAAGGCGUCGACGAUAACGACUGGCAUAGCUCAUUCGAUGCACCAACUGGUGGAGUGAUCACAAUUACAUCUGAGCAUGGCCAGCCAAUCCACAUGCUUGCUACCCGAGGUGUCAUGCUGUGGAAGGAGUUCGACAAGCGUAUAUUCUCAAUCAAGGACACCAACAAACGUUUGAGCUACCUGCGCACGCAUCGAGAAGAGAUCAUCACCCGACUGAACAAAGACUACCAGAAGCCGUGGUUCGGUGUCGAUGGUAAUGGCCAGAAUGUGGACCUCGAUAGCAUGAGCUAUCGCGAAGUGCUUGGUAGGAUGUGUCAACUCAUGUCUCGUGGCGACAAGGGCUGGAUUGAUCCCUCAUGGCUGACCAUGGUCCAUGACUUUGUUGAGAUCGCCGGCGAGCGUUUCGGAUGCCAUGUCGACACUCAUGCUACAAAGUCAAGUGAGAUCCGCAAAGCGUUUGAGGGAGCUCUCGGCAACGAUAUCGACGAUACGCUAUAUCCUGAGGACGUUGCUCUCGUGAUGGAGCUAUUCAGACGGCGUGGAAGGAAGCCUGUACCCUUCGUGCCGGCAUUGGACGAGAACUUCGAGACAUGGUGCAAGAAAGACUCUCUCUGGCAGUCCGAAGAUGUUGAUUCGCUUGUGGGCAAGGAUGUACAGCGUGCCUGCAUCAUUCAAGGACCGGUUGCCGUGCGACAAUCGAUUAUUCACGAUGAGCCUGUGCGAGACAUACUAGACAAUAUCUGCAACUAUCACAUCGAGAGCCUGUCGCAAGCGGGUGUGACGCCUGGAUCAAUCAGCAAACAAGACAAUGGCAUACCGAGGUCCGUCAAGAAGAGUGUGCCCGGCGUCCAGAUCUCCAUCGACAAAUCGACGGUACGAUGUGAAGUUCUCAAGACAGAUCGACUUCCGCCGGAAAUGGAUGCAUUGAUCGAGCACAUCGUCGGAUCUGCCGCCGACUCUUGGGCACGCCACUGUUUGAAGGACGAUUGGAUCUUCAGAGACCAAGCCCGACUCAGGAACCCAAUACGCACUGCCUUUCUACGACAGAUCCAGCCGGGAGAGGUCAUCGAGGUACGUCUCGGUCGAGAUGGUCAAGCCCAAGCAAUAGCACUCAAGGCGGCUCUCUUUGGCAAAUCGAGCCUACAGACAGUGCUUCGUAUCGCGUCAACAGAUGGCAAAAGUAUCAAGGUGGCACUUACGCCGCCGUCUUUCCUGUCCGACAAACCUCUUGGCUUACAAUUCGCUUACCAACUGUCACGGAAGUCUCGAGGCUCGAAACUAGUAGAGGUGACACCCGAUAGACUGGACACCAUCAAAGGCUUCUAUGCGCAACUAUGGACUGCCGGCACUCAUGAUGUCAAGCAAUCUGGACUGAGCUCCGAGUUCUGGGGUGAGCCUACGACGCUGAUUGCGCAAGACGUGCAGAACUACACAGCGGUCGUCGGCCGUAGCACAUCACCUGAACUACAAGCUUGGAACCCAACAGGAUCUGUGCCGCUGGACUACUGCAUCGUGCUUGCAUGGACUGCCCUUACGAAACCUUUGACAAUACCUGCACUACAAUGCGAUCUUCUCAAUCUCCUGCAUCGCUCGGUCAACUUCAAGUAUGCGACGAACGCAACGCCAUUGCGUCUGGGAGAUGUUACGCAGACUGUAUCACGCAUCACAUCUCUCACCAUUCAGCCAACUGGAAAGCUAGUAGAAGUUUCAGCAGAACUUUGUCGUGAUGAAAAGACUGUGGUUACCAUCACGACAGAGUUCUUCAUUGUUGGACAAUUCGAGGACUACGGAACACAGUUCAAGUCCUUCGAUGAGCCGAUGCUUGAAGUCCAUGUGCAUUCGGCCACUCGUCAAGCACUGCUGCAGAGCCGAAAGUGGUUGAUCCUUGACGAUCCGUCGAUGGACCUCGCUGGCUUGACGCUGUCUUUCAAUUUGAACACAUACACAAUGUUCAACAACGAAGGCAAAGUCGGUGCGUUACAAGUCGCUGGGACAGUCUCAAAGGUGGAGAGCUCUGGCUUCGAUACUCGGAUUGGCAACAUUUACUUCGAGGAAGACUCGUGCAUCGGCAACCCGGUGAUCGACUUCCUCCACAGGCAUGGCUACCUCAGGGAGACACGCCAAGCCCUCGAGAACCCUGGCUGGACCGAUGGCUCGACUGUGGUAGUCAAGGCGCCGAUCAAGAGCAAUCAAUAUGCAGUGGCGUCCAAGGAUACGAAUCCUCUGCAUGUCUGCGACGUCUUCGCGAGGUAUGCUGGCCUACCGGGCACUGUGGUGCACGGUAUGCACACGUCGGCAAUCGUCCGACGAACUGUCGAGUGGGCAGUGAACGAUUCAGAUCGUUCUCGCUUCAAGAAGUGGCAAGUCAGCUUUGAAGGCAUGGUGUGGCCGAACGAUCGCAUCAAGGUUCAGCUUCAGCACAUUGCCAUGGAGGAUGGGCGAAUGGUCAUGAAAGUGCAAGCUCACAACGACGAGACUGGCGACAAGGUGAUUGAAGCGGAGGCCGAGGUUGAGCAACCGCGUACUGGCUAUGUGUUCUGCGGACAGGGCAGCCAAGAGAAAGGAAUGGGUAUGUUGCUGUACCAUGCGCGACCAGAAGCGAAGGCUCUCUGGGAUCGUGGUGACAAAUACCUUCGCGAGAAUUAUGGCUUCUCGCUGCUCAGUCUUGUACGCGAGAACCCGACGACCUUGACUAUCAACUUUGGCGGCCGACGAGGCAAACGGAUACGUGAUAACUACUUGGCCAUGACCAAGAAGACGUCUCUCGAGAAAGAUGCCAAAGACGUCUGCAUCGUGCAAGGUCUCACGCCCACAUCGACAUCGUAUACCUUCUCGGAAGCCAAAGGACUGCUGUUCUCCACUCAGUUUUCUCAACCGGCUUUGGCAUUGAUGGAAAUGGUUGAGCACGAACAUCUGGUUGCCAAGGGUGUCGUACAGCCCAGCGCACUCUUCGCUGGCCACUCUCUGGGCGAAUACGCUGCACUGGGUGCUUGCACAACGUUCAUGUCCUUUGAGAGCUUGCUCACAUUGAUCUUCUAUCGUGGCUUGAAGAUGCAGAAUGCUCUUGAGCGGGAUGCCAAUGGCCGGACUGACUACUCGAUGAUGGCUACUGACCCGUCUCGCGUCGGUAAAGGCUUCGACGAGCGAGCAUUUCAAUGCCUGGUGGAACUUGUCAACGAAGAGACAGGACUGCUAAUGGAGAUCGUCAAUCACAACGUCAGAUCCCAGCAGUAUGUCUGCGCUGGUCACUUCCGCGCCUUGUGGAUCCUUGGAAAAGUCUGCGAUGACCUUGCGAAACAUCCUAAGAUUCAUCUUCUGUCUAUGCAGGACUUGAAAGACAUGGUCACAGCACAUGUACCCGCUGCGACGAAACUCACGAACGACGUUGUUUUGAUGCGCGGCAAGGCUACCAUACCGCUGAAUGGCAUCGACAUACCCUUUCAUUCGACGAUGCUGAGAGGGGAGAUCGAGCACUUCCGACGCUACCUCUUGACUAAAGUCAAUGUCCCUGACAUCAAGCCCAAGGAGCUGGUCCUAGCAAAACAAAAUUCGAGCUCUUUCCCUUUCUCCCUUGCAUCAACGAUGGCGACCAUAUCAGCCCAAGUGCUUGGGUCGCUUGAGGGAUAUCUGAGUUUCUUCAUGCCUCGUGGCAAUGGUUCUUCUCUUUUCCGGCUCAUAUUUGGGUACUCAUUAGCCGCUUUCGUUAUUGGCAUCAGCUCUGUGCUGCUAUGGACUCUGGCGACGAUUUUCUACCGACUGUACCUCCACCCGCUUAGACGGUAUCCUGGUCCGAAGCUGUGGGCAGUCUCACGUCUUCCAUAUAUCCGUAGCACAGUGAAAGGAACGAUCGUUCACGACUUUCACAAGUUGCACCAGCAGUAUGGAUCGGUCGUUCGAAUUGCGCCAGAUGAGCUAUCUUACAGCACUCCCGAUGCCACCAAAGUCAUCUACCAGUCAAACCCCGAGCUGCAUAAGGAUCCGAUGCAUUUGCCUCCCUUCCAUAAUGGCACACCCGGGAUCCUUGCAGCGGAAGAGCAACAUCACAGACGAUAUCGACGGCUGCUCGCAUACGGCUUUUCUGAUCGUGGCAUGCGAGCGCAACAACCAUUGAUUCAGCGUCAUAUAAAUCUUCUGGUCAAACGACUGGGCCAGAAAUCUGCCAAAGGCUCUCUGGACAUCGUGGAGUGGUACAACUGGUGUACAUUUGACAUUAUUGGUGACCUUGCCUUCGGCGAGUCAUUCGGUUGCCUGGAAGAGUCAAAAACACACGAAUGGAUUGCAUCGAUAGCAGGCAACGUCAAGGCUAUCCCGAUCAUCAACGCCAUUCGUCGCUUCAACCUGGACUGGGUAAUCCCAAUGAUAGCUCCGAAGAAGCUACUCAAGAUGAGGCAGCGAAAUGCUCAAUUCACCGAAGGCAAAGUCGAUCAGCGUCUCAACUACGGCGUGGACCGCGGAGAUCUCUGGGACGGUGUCAUGGAUCCCAAAGGUACCAAGGGUGGCAUGUCUCGACAAGAGAUGAUCAGCAACGCAAGUGCCAUCGUGCUUGCAGGAAGCGAGACAUCCUCGACACUGCUGAGUGGCUGCACAUGGCUUCUGUUAAAGAAUCCGGACGUCCUAGCCAAGCUAAAGGAGCAUGUCAGGAGCUCAUUCACAGAUCAAUCUGAGAUUGAUUUGAUCAGUGUAGGCAAGCUUGACUACAUGGCUGCUGUUUUGGACGAAGCAUUGCGCCUUUAUCCUCCAGUACCCAUGCAGAGUAAUAGAAUUGUCAACAGUGGAGGAGUUGAUAUCGCAGGGCAACAGGUGCCUGCUAGGACGACUGUAGUCGUGCAGCAAUACGCCGCCUGUCGUUCGAGUGAGAACUUCCGUCGACCUGACGAGUUUCUUCCGCAACGGUGGCUCGGCGAUCCAGAGUUUGCGAAUGACCGACGUUCAACAUCUCAGCCUUUCAGUGUUGGGCCACGCAAUUGCAUUGGUCGCCAGCUUGCUCAUGCAGAAAUGCGCCUCAUCUUGGCACAAAUUCUGUGGCACUUCGACCUGGAGCUAGAUGCACCGAAGAUGGGUGCGCGAGACUGGCUUCGCGAACAGGGUGUCUGGAUCUUGUGGGACAAGAGUCCUUUGUGGGUGCGAUUGAUACCUAGACUUCUCGAGAAGAGCGGGUAG